CGCCUCCGUCCUUGUGCCCUCGCCGGCUUUGCUCCCUCCCGGUGCUUCGACUUGAGCUUGACACUGCAGUUGACAGGCAGUGGUUUGAUUCCCCGUUGUUGCUGCAUGCAGCGCGAGCGCUGUUGCUGGGUGAGUCGUAGCAGCUGAACGCCAGCCCGUGCAGCACAUCGUAGCUGCAGACACAAGGCUCGGGUGGCAGCGAAGCAAAGCACAUCCGGUCCCCCUUGCCUCCGACCGACCAACAUCAAAAUGGACUACGCACAAGAACAAGCUGACGAGCUGACGGCGCUCGAAUCCAUUUUUAUCGAUGAGCUAGAGAUUCUCAAACGUGACCCCAUUUGCUACAACAUCCACAUUGUCUCGGAAGAGUCACCCUCGGCAGACGACCCGAACUUGACGUCCAAAGUGACGCUCAACAUCACAUACACAGCCACCUAUCCCGAGGAAGGCCCCAAUUGGAAGUUGAUUGACAUGUCCAAUAUCUCAGAUGAAUUGGCCACCCGUUUGGAUGAAGUCAUGUUGACGACGAUUGAGGAAAACUUGGGUAUGGGCAUGGCCUUUGCCAUGCAAGCGGCACUCAAGGAGGCGGUCGACGAUUACAACGCUGAGAACCGUGAUGCCGCUGUGCGGGAACGUCAAGCUCAGAAGGAAGCUGAAGAGCAAGCUGAACUGGAGCGUUUGACAGCAGGUACCCUCCUGACGCCGGAAACCUUUGACGAGUGGAACACAGCUUUUAUUGAGGAACAGCGGGCGAAGCGAGACCAAAAGGCGGCAGAAGCCGAGGGUGCUGAAACUCGCAAACUCACGGGCCGCGAAAUAUUCGAGCAGUAUCGUCGCUCGGGCAAGACUUACGAGGAAGGCGAUGAUGGCAAGCCGCUGGGCAUUGGCGAGGAUGAGCCUGCACAAGAGGCCAGUGUCGAGCCGAUCGAUGUGGCCGUCUUCUCUGGCCUGGACGAUCUGGAUGACCUGGACCUUGAUGAACUGGACCUGGAGGAUUAA